GUACCUACAUUACCUAGAUAUACAUCUCAAGUAGUUGGGAGAUUUAUAAAACCACUAAGUCAACCUUAUCACGAUUUAGCUACCGCAUACACUACGAACAGUCCGGAUGAAGUUAGAAAUAUCGUCAACAGGCACUCGGAUACGUUCUUGCGGGAUAAUAAUAUGGGGCUAGUUAAACAAUGCUUAGCUUCACUUUAUAAGAAGAAUAUUCAAAGACUUACAAAGACAUUUCUUACGUUAUCCUUAAGCGANUCACCUUUUAAUAAUAAAGGGUACUCGCUUACAGCGAUUGAAUCAAAAUAG